AGGAGAGAGAGAGAGAGUGUCCUCAUGUGCCGUCAGUGAGAGAGGAAGCCUCUCACUCUCUCCGGUGGAGGGAAAAGCACCGAAAAGCGCGGCCUUUUUUUCUUCUUUUUUUCCCUCCCUUGUUCUUCCCCACACUCCACUCCACUCCUCGCAUCGCAUCCCAUCCAUGGCCGCCUCCGCCGUCGCCGUCGCGUUCGUCGUGGCGGUGGCCGCCGUGCUGGCCGCGGCGGCGUCCGCGGCCGUGACGUACGACCGGAAGGCUGUGGUGGUGAACGGGCAGCGGAGGAUCCUCAUCUCCGGCUCCAUCCACUACCCGAGGAGCACCCCCGAGAUGUGGCCGGAUCUGAUAGAGAAGGCCAAGGACGGCGGCCUCGACGUGGUGCAGACGUACGUCUUCUGGAACGGCCACGAGCCGUCCCCCGGCCAGUACUACUUCGAGGGGAGGUAUGAUCUGGUGCACUUCAUCAAGCUGGUGAAGCAGGCCGGCCUCUACGUGAACCUCCGCAUUGGCCCCUACGUCUGCGCCGAGUGGAACUUCGGUGGGUUCCCUGUUUGGCUCAAGUAUGUCCCCGGCAUCAGCUUUAGGACUGAUAAUGAGCCGUUCAAGGCUGAGAUGCAGAAGUUCACCACAAAGAUCGUCGAAAUGAUGAAGUCGGAAGGGCUCUUUGAAUGGCAAGGAGGGCCUAUAAUCCUCUCCCAGAUAGAGAACGAGUUUGGGCCCUUGGAGUGGGAUCAAGGUGAGCCUGCCAAGGCAUAUGCAUCAUGGGCAGCUAACAUGGCAGUUGCGCUCAACACCAGUGUGCCAUGGAUCAUGUGCAAAGAAGAUGAUGCCCCUGAUCCAAUUAUUAAUACAUGCAAUGGAUUUUACUGUGAUUGGUUCUCCCCAAAUAAACCUCACAAACCUACCAUGUGGACUGAAGCCUGGACUGCUUGGUAUACAGGCUUUGGUAUUCCAGUUCCACAUAGACCAGUAGAGGAUCUAGCAUAUGGUGUCGCCAAGUUUAUCCAGAAGGGUGGCUCUUUUGUGAAUUAUUACAUGUAUCAUGGUGGAACAAACUUUGGACGCACAGCUGGUGGCCCAUUCAUUGCCACUAGUUAUGACUAUGAUGCUCCUAUUGAUGAAUAUGGUUUGUUGAGAGAACCAAAAUGGGGCCACUUGAAGCAGUUGCAUAAAGCCAUAAAACUUUGUGAACCUGCCUUGGUUGCAGGAGACCCCAUUGUAACUUCACUUGGAAAUGCUCAGAAGUCAUCAGUUUUUAGAUCAAGCACAGGAGCUUGUGCAGCUUUCCUUGAGAACAAGGAUAAAGUAUCUUAUGCAAGGGUAGCAUUUAAUGGCAUGCACUAUGACCUGCCUCCGUGGUCCAUAAGUAUUCUCCCAGACUGCAAAACGACAGUCUUCAAUACUGCUAGGGUGGGAAGUCAGAUUUCACAGAUGAAAAUGGAAUGGGCUGGAGGAUUUGCAUGGCAAUCAUACAACGAGGAGAUAAAUUCCUUUGGUGAGGAUCCACUUACAACAGUAGGAUUACUGGAACAAAUAAAUGUGACGAGGGAUAACACAGACUACUUAUGGUAUACCACAUAUGUCGAUGUUGCCCAGGAUGAGCAGUUCCUUAGCAAUGGGGAGAAUCUCAAGCUUACUGUGAUGUCAGCUGGUCAUGCUUUGCAUAUUUUCAUUAAUGGACAACUGAAAGGUAAAACAGAUAAACCUAUACUCUGUAUGCCCGCCAUAUGCAGGUGUUUCUUGAUCCUCAAUACACUUUUCAAUUUGCUGGCAGGAACUGUUUAUGGCAGCGUAGAUGACCCAAAACUGACUUAUACUGGGAAUGUGAAGCUCUGGGCAGGCAGCAAUACAAUUUCCUGCUUAAGUAUAGCAGUUGGCCUCCCAAAUGUGGGAGAACAUUUUGAGACUUGGAAUGCUGGGAUUCUUGGCCCAGUGACGCUUGAUGGCCUGAAUGAGGGAAGAAGGGAUCUGACAUGGCAGAAAUGGACUUAUCAGGUAGGACUGAAAGGUGAGUCUAUGAGUCUUCAUUCACUCAGUGGAAGCUCAACAGUGGAGUGGGGAGAACCUGUGCAGAAGCAGCCUCUAACAUGGUACAAGGCUUUUUUCAAUGCACCGGAUGGUGAUGAGCCAUUAGCUUUGGACAUGAGUAGUAUGGGGAAGGGGCAAAUCUGGAUAAAUGGACAAGGUAUUGGGCGAUAUUGGCCUGGCUACAAGGCUUCUGGAAACUGUGGAACCUGUGAUUAUCGAGGUGAAUACGAUGAAACGAAGUGUCAAACCAACUGUGGUGACUCUUCUCAGAGAUGGUACCAUGUUCCUCGUUCAUGGCUUAGUCCCACAGGAAACCUUUUGGUCAUAUUCGAGGAGUGGGGUGGUGACCCUACUGGAAUCUCAAUGGUCAAAAGAAGCAUCGGAAGUGUCUGCGCUGAUGUGUCCGAAUGGCAGCCAUCAAUGAAGAACUGGCAUACAAAAGACUACGAGAAAGCAAAAGUCCACCUCCAAUGUGACAAUGGACAGAAGAUAACUGAAAUAAAAUUUGCUAGCUUUGGCACACCACAGGGCUCCUGUGGAAGCUACACCGAAGGAGGCUGCCAUGCGCACAAGUCGUACGACAUAUUUUGGAAGAACUGCGUCGGUCAAGAACGCUGCGGGGUAAGCGUUGUUCCAGAAAUAUUUGGUGGAGAUCCAUGCCCAGGGACAAUGAAACGGGCUGUUGUUGAGGCUAUAUGCGGUUGAGAACCGCAAACUCAGAUCCUCCCAAAUCAUCCUAUAUCUUAGUUUCGACACGGUUUUCGGCUUACCGACCUUCUGGCAAGAGGUGAAAGUCACAGCAACAGUGACGCACGGACCGUCAGAAGUUACAGAAAAUUUAGUUGUAAUUGAAGCAUCAGUGUAUGUACAUUAUUCUACAUAGAAAUUCACUGGGAAGGAAAGAUUCAGGACUCUGCAGUGCAGGAAUGGGAAACCAAGGGGCUGUAUGUAUGGUCCUCUGGACAGUAUUGGUUUUUGGCUGGGGAAGGGCGCAUAGGAGACUCUGCUGAUACAUGAGUCCAUAUGCGCAAUGGCUUUUGCAUAUUGGAUUGGAGGAUCAACUCUGUUUCAUACGUGAUGUGAUGAUUCAUUUUUAAGCUCACUGAAAACUACUGCAAUGUAAUGCUGGUAAUGUGCAGGGUCCAUCAUUGAUGUAUUAAAUUGUCCUCUUAAUUAGCUAAUUAGCAAUGUACUACCUUUUCAGCUUAUAAAUAAAUCUGCUGUAUGUUAUUCAACCGUAUGUGAAUGAAUUCUCUCAGGUGGUCAUCUCAAUGCCCACUUGAUGAUUAAUCUGAUA